AUCGAGGCACGUCUUUGAUGAUUUUUUAAUCGCAAAAAUCAGAGUUGUGUAACUGCCGUGAAAUGAAAAAAAACUCAAGAUAAAAUUAUGUUGAAUGUCCGGGUCACUUCAAUUAUCCGUUCUUUCUCACUUAAGUUCAAUCUCACUAAUGAAUAUUAUUAAUUAAAAAACGCAUUAAAGGAAAGGAACCGUCAAAAUCGAUAAUAUAAUUUCUCUCUUGAAUACCUUUAAAAUAGCAGGCUGUGGCGUGACUCCCAGCUCCGGAUUGCGGUAAAUACCCUUAAGAUUACGGUGCUACAAAUUCGGAAUAAUUGAAUCUUUGUAAAUAACUUUUAAAUAGUUAUCUGAGAUUCAUAAGCAAUUGCAUAAAGUUAAAUUUAAAAAAGGUGUAAUUUAUACUUUAUUAUUAAAUUCGAAAAAUGGAAUGUAAUCAUCUAGAAUUGUCUGUGGAAAUAUCUCCUGCUUUUGUCAGCCGAUUAAUGAAUGAAAAUCGAAAUCUAUGGAGUUGCUCAGUGUGCAAAACGAACAAAAGUCCAUGGAUGUGUUUGAAAUGUGGUGAAGUUUUAUGUGGAAGAUAUGUGAAUGGUCAUGCAAAGAUGCACAGUGAAUCAUGCGCUUCGCAUAAUGUUUGCAUUGAUGCUUCUUUAAUGGUCUUUUGUUACAAAUGUGAUGAUUUCAUUAUUAACGAUACAAGCACUGGAGAUAUAAAUCUAAUUCGCACUGCACUACAAAAUGAAAUUCCAAGAAUCCAGAAGCGAAAAAGGAGACAGUCUAUUGAUCAACAACUUUCAAAAGAAUCGCCUAUGAAAAAACUUAAUCGAUCUCCCUCAAAAGAAAAUAAAGCAGGAAAUAAUGUUCGCACUGUCGGAUUGCGCAAUCUUGGAAAUACAUGUUUCAUGAAUGCAAUAUUACAAUCUUUAAGCAAUUUGAAAUACUUCAGUGGUUAUUUCAAAGAGUUACCUGCAAUAGAAUUGAAUGUGAAAAAUAUGGAUGAACAAACAAAAAAGUAUUAUACACGAAGUUAUCAAUCUGAUGACAUCUCAUUAGUUGAGGAACUGCGUAAAGUUCUUUGUGCACUAUGGCAACAAGGUUCAAAUACAGCUAUUUCGCCUGAAUCACUUUUUACUGUAGUUUGGAAGGUUGUACCAAGAUUUAGAGGUUAUCAACAGCAUGAUGCUCACGAGUUCAUGCAUUGUUUGUUAGAUCGUGUACAUAAUGAACUUUUAACAUCAAAAAGAUUUACAAAUGGCUGCGAUACAAUUAUAUCAGGAAUAUUUGGAGGACAACUACAAAGUGAUGUAACUUGUCUCACGUGUGGCACUAUCUCUAAGAAACAAGAAGCUUAUCGAGAUUUAUCACUUGAUAUUCCCUUUAAACCUAAACUAAAAACGUCACCUGGUAAAAAGAAAACACCCAGUGCUUGUCAACUUAUUGACUGUUUACAGAGUUUUGUUGAGAUGGAAACAUUAGAUGAAUCUGAAUGGUAUAUGUGUGAAAAAUGCAAUAAAAAGCAACCAUCCACCAAGAAAUUUUGGAUACUCCGUUUACCAAAUGUACUUUGCUUACAUUUAAAAAGAUUUCGCUAUUCACCACUUGCUCGUACCAAAGUAGACACAUUUGUUCGAUUUCCUAUUAAAGAACUUAAUAUGGAUCCUUUUAUAUUAAAAACUAACCAGAAAACAAAUCGCAUGUCCAUCAAAGCUCAUCUUUAUGACUUGGCAGCAUGUGUUGUACAUCACGGAAGUGGUGCUGGAUCUGGCCAUUAUACAACUUAUGCAAGACAUGAAGGAUCGUGGUAUAAUUUUAACGAUAGUAGUGUGUCACUAACUAAUGAAGAAUCUAUUCAACACUGUAAAGCGUAUAUCUUAUUUUAUACAAGGCAAUACCCUGAUGUUAGUAUUAUCGAGCGUAUUAAAAAUAAUUAUGUAUAAUACCCGAUUUUGUGGGUUUCCAGUUUUAUAAAAUAAUGGUUUGUAGUGGUUUGCUUGAUCCUUCUAAUUUUCAUUUUUAAAACUGAUUUUUUUUUUUUUUUUUUUUUUUUUUUUUUUGUUAUUGCAAACUACUCAUGAACUAAACUUUACUAAUAUCUAAUUUGCAAACACUUUAGUAUUUUUAAAUUAUAGGAAAAUAAUGAAAAUUGUUGUAGAUGAUCGGAAAAUUUCUAUUGUAUAUUAAAAAUAAUAUUUCUUCAAA